CUUCGUCAUUAUCAGCUUAAAACCAAUUCCUGACUUCACCAUUAAAGAACACAAACGAGUAUUUUGUGUUCGUGCCAUUGUUUUCAGGAUAAGUAUUGUAUUAUAUCCAAGAACCCGUGAGGAAGCAUUUUUAUACUCAGUGAAGAAAAAAACUAUAAAGAAAAAAAGAAUUCUGAAAAAAACAAGAAACGUUUUUAUUUUGAGUUUUUGAGAGAAAGAGAUAGAGAUUGAGAAGAUGUUGGAAGGAAAAGCAAUGGUGGAAGAUUCAGAUAUGCCAGUGAAGAUGCAGAUUCAAGCCAUGGCUUUUGCUUCUCAAGCUCUUGAUCUCUUUGAUGUCAUUGACUGUAAAUCCAUUGCUGGUCACAUCAAGAAGGAGUUUGAUGAGAGAUAUGGGAGUGGAUGGCAAUGUGUGGUGGGAUCAAAUUUUGGGUGUUUCUUCACACAUUCUAAAGGGACUUUCAUCUAUUUUCAGUUGGAGACACUUAAGUUCCUAAUCUUCAAAGGCGCUUCUACUCCUUAAUAAGAAAUAAGAAAAUCUGUGAAAAUGGCCCUUUAGAGCUUUGUUUGAAUCUAGGUCUGUAAAUAGACCCAAGAUGGGAAAUUGAUUUCAAUGAAGAUGUUGGAGAAUUUCAUUUCUAUGCUUGUGUUGGCUUUUGUGAUCAAUAAAAGUGUAAUGUACAAGCAGAGCCGUGCUUAUAUGUAUAAAAAAAAAGCAUUUGCU